AUGACAUUAUUGAAUGAAAAUGACCUUUUACAUGGAAGAUGUGAAAAUUUGCCAGAUGUUCGGUCGAAGAUCGUUCGCGUUUUCAUUAGUUCAACAUUUUCAGACACGCUGAGUGAACGAGAUUCGUUAAUCGACACCGUUUUCCCUCGACUCAAAGACUAUUGUCGUGAAAAAUAUGGUCUUGAAUUUCAAUAUUCAGAUAUGCGAUGGGGAAUUGAAGGUGAAGCCGCUGACAAUCACAGUGAAGUAGGAACCUGUUUGAAAGAAAUCGACCUGUGUAAAAAAUAUUCCGUCGCGACGAAUUUUGUGGUUUUACUAAGUCAUCGUUAUGGUUCCCGACCGACACCUGCGAAGAUCGACUCAUCGCUAUUCGAACGCUUACGAGACAUUGUUCAAUCGGAUCCAAAUCUCAUCGAAGAUCUCGAAUUGCUUUCUCAAUGGUAUCAAUUAGAUACAAAUUCCAUUCCAUCAUCUUAUAUUCUUCGUUCGAUUUCCUCAUUAUUACCGAAUAUCAAAUCUAACAAUACGACUGAAAUGAAAGAAGCAGGAAAACAGUGGAAUCGGAUCAAUGAUCGCAUUCGCACGUGUUUGAGACAAGCAGCAGAAAGGUGCUUUCAACAGAAUCAAAUUACUUCGGAUGAAUAUGACGACUUUUUUGUCUCAGUUACUGAGAAAGAAAUCAUCAAGGGAAUACUACAGGCACCAGAUGCUAAUCAACGAACGUUGUGUUUUUUGAGGGAAAUCGAUGGAAUUGGUGAGCAUUUAUCGGAUAAAAAAGCGUCGAAGUAUAUCGAUACGAAGUUGACAAAAGACGGAACUGUUGUGAUCGAUAAAGAAGCAGAAGAUUUGUUGAAUCGAUUGAAGUUUACACGAAUUCCGAAGGCAUUAGAUUCAAAGAACGUGUUUUCCUACAAAGUUCCUUGGACAUCCAAUGGAAUCACUCGAGACGCUCAUCAGGAGUAUAUCAAGAAAUUUCAUGAAGAUUUCUUCACUUCGAUCAAACAGCAAAUCGAUACGUGUUUGCAAUCUUCUUUGAUCACAAGUCUGAAUUUAUUACAACGUGAAAUUCUCGAACAUGCUAUUCAAUGUCAAACGUAUGUGAAGAAGUUUCACAGUCGUACGGAUACUUUAGAAAAACUGGAAAAAUACGUGAACAAUGAAGAAGAACAUCGACCGUGUAUUGUUUACGGUCCAUCAGGUUGUGGGAAAACGAGUGUAAUGGCAAAAACUGCUACCGAAAUAUUCAAAUGGUGGUCAAAUCGAUCUGUAUCCGUAAUCCUACGCUUUCUCGGAACUACCCGCACGUCGUCAACCAUUUACAAAGUAUUUUUAUCUAUUUCGGAACAAAUUUGUCAAUUGUACAAUUUAACGAUGCAAAUGUAUACCGAUGUUUCUCAAUUACGAAAUCAACUUGAAAAUGAUCUGUUGCCAUACAUUCCUCCAAAUCAGUAUCUUCUUCUUCUGCUUGAUUCCAUUGAUCAGCUUGAAACAGAUUCUUAUGAUUGUAAUUGGUUAUUACCGAGGUUCCCCAAGAAUGUCAAAUGUAUUGUGUCAACAUUACCUGACCAUGGAAAUAUAUUGUCCAAUUUAAAAUCUCUCAUUAGCUUCAGUCCGGCUGCAGUAGAUGAAACUGAACAUAUUCUCGUUUUAGUUCCCCCAUUCGAUGUUUCAACAGUUGAUUCGGUUUUCGAGAAUUGGCUUCAAAUGAGGAAACGCUCAUUAACUGACGAUCAACGAUCGUUCAUACAUGAAGUCAUUUCUGGAAGUUCAAACAUGUUACCAUUGUACGUGAAACUUAUCUUUGAUAUCAUUUCCACAUGGCAUUCGUACGAUCCAAUCGAUCAAGAACUGAUAAAAUUGAAAAAUGUCGAUGAUUGUAUCAGAUAUCUGUUUCGAUAUUUGAGUAAAAUACACAAUACAAUACUGUUUCAUCAUGCAAUAAUUUAUAUGACAUCAUGUCGAAACGGUAUCAGUCAAAAUGAACUUGAAGAUAUUCUCUCACUUGACGACGAUGUUUUGAAAAGUGUUUUUCAACAUUAUAUUCCGCCCGUUCGUCGUAUUCCUGGUAUUUUAUGGACAAGAAUUCGAAAUGAUUUGGAUGAAUAUAUUACUGAGAAAGAAGUAGAUGACUCGCCUGUUAUUUACUGGUAUCAUCGUCGAUUCAUUGAAGUUGCCAAUUCUGAAUACAUUUCGAAACUGAGUAGCGAUCAACGAAAAGAUAUAUUUCAAAAUGUAGUUGACUUCUACAAAGAAACAUGGAAGAACAAGAAUAAACCAAUAAAAAUCAACAAUCCGCAUUUAGUCAGCAAAUAUCAAUUGAAUGACACGAAUGGUGAAAUUCAAGCGAAUCGAUUGACAACUUCUCAACCAAUCGAAUUCAUUGAUGCCAAUGGUCGAACGCAGUUUAAUAAAAGGAAGCUAAAUGAAUUACCACAAUUUGUUAAUCAACUAACGUCUAGCUUGGCUCUCCCGAUUGCUGCUGAUGAAAUAUUUUUCAAUUAUUCAUUCAUGCCGAAUCGAUUGACAACUUCUCAACCAAUCGAAUUCAUUGAUGCCAAUGGUCGAACGCAGUUUAAUAAAAGGAAGCUAAAUGAAUUACCACAAUUUGUUAAUCAGCUAACGGCUAGCUUGGCUCUCCCGAUUGCUGCUGAUGAAAUAUUUUUCAAUUAUUCAUUCAUGCGUGGCAAAAUUGCCUGUUCAACAUUCAACGAUAUACUCGAUGAAGCACAAAACUUAAAACAAACAUCUUCAUAUAAUCUUUCGGAAUAUGUAUUGGGAAUCAAGAAAGAACUUGACAUAUUUUCCAUGCUGUACUUACUCAUCGGUGGCCUGCUGCAAGAAUAUCCAGAAAAUUUCCCCUUUGAAUAUUCAGCACGUCUUUUGACCUUAUAUGGAAUCAAACCAUGUAUAACAUCAUUGAUAAAACAGUUCGACAAAGAAAGUAUUCAUCAUUGUGCAUUAAUCGUUCCUUAUUGUCAAAUUCAACCGCCUGGAAAUGGUUUACUGUUUUCCACCAUUCGUCAUUCAUCACCAAUUGUUGAUUUUGACUUCACUGAUGACCAAAUCAAUGCAAUUACUCUUUCGAAUCGAAUUGUUGUUAUCAAUAUGUCAACUGUUAAAACAGUUUUAGAUAUCAAACUACCAGAUAUAGAUGAGCCGUAUUUAAACGCAACAACAUUAGCAAAAAUAUAUCAUUUAAAUGAGAAGAAUGAUGUCAUUGAACAUUCAUCGGACAAUGCAGAAGAUGAAUAUAAACAGUAUCUAUUUCUUAUUAAUUCUCGUCAUCACGUUUAUUUGAUUUCAACACAAGAAACGAUCAAAUAUCAGCGUUCGUCAACUAAUGGUUUCUUAGUUACGAAAGUUCUUGAUAAGAAACGAUCUCUUUGUACAAUAGCAGAAAUCAAUGGUACUUCCAUUGAAUGUUAUGAUCUUGCUCGAAACCGUUUAUUUACAAAGAUUGACUUUCCAAAAUCGAUUCUCAAACAAGUUUUGUGUGUUCCUAUGUAUUCCAUGAUCGUUACCUUGUUAAACGACGGAACUAUUCAUAUUCAUUCGAUUACCGAUUGGGCAAAGACAUCAUUCGUUCACCGAGGUACAAUUCAUGCGGGAAAGCAUCUUCAUCAAGUUACUCAUGAUAGUGGAAAGUUAAUUUGUACAUUUGAUGAGACGAUUCCAAUCGAUUUGUCAAUUAUUCCACUAAAGCAAUUUCAUCAGGAUGAAAAAGUGUUAAUUGACGAUCAAGUCGUGAAGACAUUGAUUAGUUUUAGUCCUCCGAUCGAACCGAAACCAUUCAAAAGAAUAAUUCUAUCUGAUAAAGAAAUAAUGAACAACGGAAGUUCAAAGGAAUAUUUUUCAUCGUUUAUAAUCGAAACCAAUGAUUCAAUCUACGUUGUUCACAAAUGCGGCGCCUCUCGUUUAUCAUACAUGCGUAUUCCUGGUCAGUUCGAUCUUAUCACAAUGCAUCUUACAAAUGAUCGAUGUAUUCUUACUGCUCGUGGUGGUAUUAUUGAGAUUUAUCAGUAUAAAUGCGUUGCAAAUGACGAAACUGGUGAAUUCAAUCACGAAUAUCAGUUAUUCGUAUCGAUUGAUACCGGUUCUUCGGCAGCCACUGCGAUCAAGCCUUCGUCUGACAACGCGAAUCGAUUGACAACUUCUCAACCAAUCGAAUUCAUUGAUGCCAAUGGUCGAACGCAGUUUAAUAAAAGGAAGCUAAAUGAAUUACCACAAUUUGUUAAUCAACUAACGUCUAGCUUGGCUCUCCCGAUUGCUGCUGAUGAAAUAUUUUUCAAUUAUUCAUUCAUGCGUGGCAAAAUAGCCUGUUCAACAUUCAACGAUAUACUCGAUGAAGCACAAAACUUGAAACAAACAUCUUCAUAUAAUCUUUCUGAUUAUGUACUGGGAAUCAAGAAAGAAUUGGACAUAUUUUCCAUGCUAUACUUACUCAUCGGUGGCCUGCUGCAAGAAUAUCCAGAAAAUUUCCCCUUUGAAUACUCAGCACGUCUUUUGACCUUAUAUGGAAUCAAACCAUGUAUAACAUCAUUGAUAAAACAAUUCGACAAAGAAAGUAUUCACCAUUGUGCAUUAAUCGUUCCCUACUGUCAAAUCCAACCGCCUGGAAAUGGUUUACUGUUUUCCACCAUUCGCCAUUCAUCACCAAUUGUUGAUUUUGACUUCACUGAUGAUCAAAUCAAUGCAAUUACUCUUUCGAAUCGAAUUGUUGUUAUCAAUAUGCAAACUGUUAAAACAGUUUUAGAUAUCAAACUACCAGUUAUAGAUGAGCCGUAUUUAAACGCAACAACAUUAGCAAAAAUAUAUCACUUAAAUGAGAAGAAUGAUGUCAUUGAACAUUCAUCAGACAACACAGAAGAUGAAUAUAAACAGUAUCUAUUUCUUAUUAAUUCUCGUCAUCACGUUUAUUUGAUUUCAACACAAGAAACGAUCAAAUAUCAGCGUUCGUCAACUAAUGGUUUCUUAGUUACAGAAGUUCUUGAUAAGAAACGAUCUCUUUGUAUAAUAGCAGAAAUCAAUGGAACUUCCAUUGAAUGUUAUGAUCUUGCUCGAAACCGUUUAUUUACAAAGAUUGACUUUCCAAAAUCGAUCCUCAAACAAGUUUUGUGUGUUCCGAUGUAUUCCAUGAUCGUUACCUUGUUAAAAGACGGAACUAUUCAUAUUCAUUCGGUUACCGAUUGGGCAACGACAUCAUUCGUUCACCGAGGUACAAUUCAUGCAGGAGAGCAUCUCCAUCAAGUUACUCAUGAUAAUGGAAAGUUAAUUUGUACAUUUGAUGAAACGAUUCCAAUCGAUUUGUCAAUUAUUCCACUAAAGCAAUUUCAUCAGGAUGAAAAAGUGUUAGUUGACGAUCAAGUCGUGAAGACAUUGAUUAGUUUUAGUCCUCCGAUCGAACCGAAACCAUUCAAACGAAUAAUUCUAUCUGAUAAGGAAAUAAUGAACAACGGAAGUGCAAAGAAAUAUUUUUCAUCGUUUAUAAUCGAAACCAAUGAUUCAAUCUACGUUGUUCACAAAUGCGGCGCCUCUCGUUUGUCAUACAUGCGUAUUCCUGGUCAAUUCGAUCUUAUCACAAUGCAUCUUACAAAUGAUCGAUGUAUUUUUACUGCUCGUGGUGGUAUUAUUGAGAUUUACCAGUAUAAGUGCGUUGCAAAUGACGAAACUGGUGAAUUCAAUCACGAAUAUCAGCUAUUUGUAUCGAUUGAUACCGGUUCUUCGGCAGCCACUGCGAUCAAGCCUUCGUCUGACAACGCAUCGAUAUUUCUCUGUUCAUUCGAAAACGGCGUCAUUCAAGCAUAUUAUGCAAAACACGCGCGGGAGUCUUUUAAAACAAUGCCAACGUUUCCACGUGCACANGUAUCGAUUGAUACCGGUUCUUCGGCAGCCACUGCGAUCAAGCCUUCGUCUGACAACGCAUCGAUAUUUCUCUGUUCAUUCGAAAACGGCGUCAUUCAAGCAUAUUAUGCAAAACACGCGCGGGAGUCUUUUAAAACAAUGCCAACGUUUCCACGUGCACAUCAGCAUAUCAAAGUACUUCAACUGUAUGGAAAUCGAGCGUUUACAUUAGACGACUCUCGACGCGAAUUAACCACAUGGGCAUAUCAACACUCUGCAGCGAUAGUCUCGACACAUUUAUUUAAUGAAAACAUCCUCAUUGAACAUUUCGCCGUUUUGCCGAAUAAUGCUAAUAAGGACAUCCCGUAUGUGAUCGUCUUUACAAAGAGCCAUUGGAUUCAAAUUUAUUCCUGUGAAUCAUUGGAUAAAAAACCGAUAUUCAAACAAAAUCUUCGGACACUUGCACGAGUUCACACGACAGCUCAUGGGAAUAUUUAUGUUUUGACCAAGAAUUCGUUGAUUUAUUCAUUUGGUCAACGAACUCUCUCGAAUAAUUCCAAUGAAUUUUAUCAAAUCAAUCAGAUCCAGUUAGAAAUUCAAUCGUCAAUGAUGUUCAGUUCAAUAUGUCGAAUCAAAGGAAAUGAAAGUUUAGUCAUCUUCUCUGACGAUAUGAAAUCCUUGGUUAUCUACACAACCGAGAAUACAAUUGAUAUGAAGAUCGAUAUUUCAUCAUACAUUUCCUCACCAUCAACAAAAGUACAAUUACUCGAAAGUGAACAAACCGAGAAUUGCCUAUUCUUCUAUUUCAAUGAUCAAACUCUCCUCUCAUGUCAAAUCAAUCUUCAACAAAAUCCAUUUCAAUUUCACUCCUUUUUAAAUGUCAAUAAAUUUGCUCUGAAAAACUCUUCUUUGGCAUUAUAUUCCCAUGAUAAACUACAAGUAAAUGUUUACAAGAAUUCAUUCGAAAAACAAUUUCAAGCAAUCAAAUUGGAUAAUCAAUGUGAACAUUUAUGUUUCAAUGCAACAGGAGAAUAUUUGUUCGUGUUAAUCAAACCAAGAAUACUUUCUAUGUAUCGAACAAAGGAUAAUCGACAAAUGGCGAAGUUAUUUGUUUAUGAUUUUGUUACAUCAAUGAACGCGGAUGAAGAAUUUGUCGUUUUGGCUAUGAAAGAUCGACGAUUGUUGACUUUAAUGAUUGCGGAUCCCCAUGAUUCGACUUUACACAAUCGAAUACAACAACUUCCGAGCAGGAAUAUCGAAUCGACUAACCAAUCUGAUGUUAAUAAACUCGUCGAAUAUUUGAACAAAUGCGCUGAUUUCGGUUCGAGUGAUGAAGAAAAAGACGAUGAAGAGUCAGAUUGGAAAGAACGAUCUAUCGCACCAAUCAGCUCGUUUCGUUUUGUCACUCGAUUGAUUGGUCGUUGUUCACAUUCAAAAAUGAAGAAUGACGAGGAAAUCCGAUCGAAAAUAAUUUCUAUAUUCGAAAAUACAGAAGAAACCAUCGAUCUAACCCAAGUAGAGAACGAUUCGGAUGAUGAUGACGUUGUAUCAACACAUAUCGAACCACAGCAAGCAACAGUCAACACGAACCUGGAUGAUAUUCGUCAGAAGACAUCAGAAUACGAUCAAAAUCAAAUCAAAGGCGUCCAAUUCGCAAAUGCUGGAAGUGCAAAUCUGAAAGUUAUCAACAAUCAUUCUGUCACAUCAGAGACAUGCGUUAUUGUCUAA